AUGUCAAAAAUUGCCAGGCGACAUGUCGACGAUGUUUUAAACAUUAAUGUUGGUGGCAAGAAAUAUACUGUUCGACGAACCGACCUACUGGCUGAUCCACGAAGUAAACUGGCUGAAUGGUUUAAACCUGGUACUAUUAAACCCGUAUCUACGGAUAGAGGAGGCAACUACUACUUAGACCGUGACCCUAAAGUUUUUCGGCACAUAUUGGCAUAUCUUCGGUUAAAGAAAGAACGAUUUGUGCCGUCGUUAGCGCUGCCAUCAAAACCAGAUGAUUUGGCAAAGUAUAUACCAUAUUUACGAUUAGUUGGAGAAUGUGAAGCAUUAAAUCUUGCUGAACUUAAAGAUUUGGCUGUUGAUUUACUACAAAAAUAUCAGCGAACAGAAGAACAGCAUUAUGUGACCUCUUAUGUACAGAAUACAAUACGAGACUAUGAAACUUGGCUUUAUGAAAAAGAACAGGUAAAUCUAAAAAAGCAAUUUGCAAUGCAUUUUCUUUACCCUUAA